AUUUCGAUAUUUCUUGGUGAAAUAAUGGCAACAGCAGCCGCGGCUUCUUCUCGCAAUGCCCAGCUUGACGAAAGGAUAGAGAAAUUGGAAUCGAUAGAGAAGGUGGUACUAGUUAUAACAUUAUCCCGUUACAGCUGUUAAUCAUCUAUAGGACAUUGGGAAGCUAAUGAACCUGGCUGCAAAUGCUGUGAGCGAACUUUGCAAGCCCCGCCCAUCAUCCGAAACGGUUGAGUACACCACGAAGGACUUUGUCAAGACGCUAGAUGGUGUGGACAAAUGUCUGAGCGAACAGAUACAAUACCUCACUCAAGUGUCUACCAUGCAGCCACACGAAGGCUCGGUAUAUGGUCCAGAGAAGGAUUAUGAGCUGUCGUACUUUCAGACUGCCCUAGCCAAAGAGCGACUUCAGAGGUUGCAAGGAGCCAGUUCACCGAGACAGCUGAACGGACGCUCCUCUGCCUCCCUCCCUCCCCCUUCUCUCCCUCCUCCCUCCUCACAUCCCUUAUGACCAACACUCUUUCUUCCCUAUUUUCAACCUCUCAUCAUUCUCCGGCCAUGUAUAAUAUUAUAAUGAUUAUGUUGUCGAA